UCAGAGCAGUCGAGAGAAAACAGUCGUGAUCACCUCACACACGGAGUGCGUGCGCGCGCGCGAUAUUUCACCGGAACGACAACGACGACAGCAGGCGACGAACGUCGGCCACGAGCUCUCUGCAACUGUAUUCGCGGUUCGAUCGCAUCCGCUGGCCCUGGAGUCCUGCAGUUUCGUUCUACGAGCCUUUCGAGCACGCCACCACCGGGCUUUCCGAUCGUGCGCUGUUAUUCCUCGCGGCGGCUAGCCUUCGCCAGAACGCACCCAAUCUUGUCGCGCCGAAAAUCGUUUCGCGUAGUUUUUUGCUGCGGAUAGUUGGCUAUUAUUGUGGCGCGAGAAGUAAGCAAACAAGCGAGGAAAAACAAUGUCCAGCAGUGCGUGUUACACCGUCAACACCGGGUGUGUGUUCCAGUGGACCCGUACCGUGUCGUAAGGUUCGCGGAUUCCCAUUUCGUGCCGGGAAAUGAAGGGAAUAUGUUGGUUCGAAAAAGUGCUCACCUAGUUACACUGUAAUCGAAAGUUGUUUGGUGAAAUAGCAGUGCAGAAUAAGAGGAAAAAGAAGGAGAAAAAUUAAGGUGUCAAUCCUCUGGUGCCCACCAAAACGGAAGUGCGAAAAGCAUCGAUUACAUCAAACGCAAUCAGUGUCUGUAAGUGUGGUGUUCAGCAGAGUGGUGCAUAUCUGAUAACUUCAUCAAAACCAACCAAUCCGAUAGAAGCAUGCCGUUUGAAUGCUACUGAACCUGUGCCAGACAGCGUCACACGGCGUCCUGCACGUGUAACAGUUCUCCAACAAGUGGUUACCUUACUGGAGGCGAAAAUCAUCACAGUUGGUGCUAAUGAUCGUGCGCGUUUCCAAGUCGAUCGGUUGAGCGUCGCAAUCGUGCAACCACUGCUCGGAAAGAACGCAGUGGAUGCGAAGAAAAGUAAAGCACCAGUGCUCGAGUGUGCGAUCCCCUGAAUGGUGAGUGUUUCUCGCGUUCUCGAUCGCGCCAUCUUGUGUUGUGAAAGGUUUCAUCAGUGUGGCAUCCCCAUCUUUACCGGCCAAAUGUACGAUCAACAUCAACAUCUGUCGCCUUGUCUACCUUCCCGAUCCUACACCGUCACUUGCCACCACUCGGAAGGAUUAUCACAUUCCCAGCAACACACAACGACGUCCCCACGACAUUAGCGCAUCAAAGACAACUAAAUCCAAAGAUCCAAAGCAGCGUGGAGCAGAGUGCAAAUUUAGGAAGUAAAGCAUACGGAGUACCGUUCGUGUACCACAUUCCACAUUCGACGAGUAAAGACCAUUACGUCGACCAUUAGUACGCCCGCAAUUCAACCCACCGUAGAGGGUACUCGCGGGUACGAGAGGCACAGUUUACAAACUCGAAGCCAGGGCGUCCCGGGGGAAUCGUUUAGAAUUCCACAUUUCAACGCUGUGCCCGGAGUACGAAAAGCAGUGCUUAAAUGCUUGGAGUUAGAAUGCUGAUGCUGCACUAUAGCAAACACGGCGAGUGCAUACUCCAGGAAAUUGGUGCAGCAUUUCGCGGAGAGCAUGCGACAGACCUUCUACUCAUCUGCGAUGGCAAGGAGACUGUUCGAGCACACAAGCUGGUACUGGCUGCGGCCAGUCCACUCAUACGCAUGAUUUUAGAAGAGACUCCAAUUCUGGAGGGCGAAACCACCGUCUACUUUCCGGACGUGCAGGUAUGCUACUUCCGGCUGCUGCUCGAUUUCCUGUACUCCGGCCAAGUGUACGUGCCCGCGAACGAGGUACACCACCUGCAAGAUCUCCUAGCGUUACUACAAAUUAAGCCCAGCAUAUGGAAAAACUCCGAUUGCUCCAAUGACAGUGAAUCACAAAAGUCAGAGCCCUUGGUGGAUAUCAACCGAAAUGAGGGCAUCGGCGCACUGGAUCAUCGGCGAAGGCGCACGAAAAGCCAGGACCAUUCGGGGUCCCGGGACGACAGUCCGGCCAGCCGUAAGAUACGGGUGAAACGGGAGCACCAUUCAGCGGGCAGCUCGGAGGAUGGCGGAGACCACGAAGAAGCCGAUUACAUGGACGAGGUCGAGGAGGCCAUCAUCAAGAGCAACAACAACCUGCAGCAAAUCAACCGACACGACGAGGACGACGGUGGUGGGAGUGCCGCGGGCGGUGGAGGGAGUGGGAUCGUGGGGGAUGAGGGUGGCAGUACGGCGGGCGAGGCCCGAAGCGAAUCGAGUAGCAGCAGGGGAGGAGACGGUACGGUCGAAGCUUCCCGCACGUCGACGGUGGACCGAAGAACUCCGUCGGCGCGGCAUAGCGGUAGCAGCGCAUGCGAUCCCGAUCCGGACGACGACGAAGACUUCGAGCUGGACGUGGAGGAUCGCGACCUGGUGGACGAAGAGGCACGUGCCGAGGCCACCAGCCGAACGCCCAACAGUGCCGGUGGAAGUGAUUCAAUGCGCAGCCGAAGGCGCAGCUCGUCCGACCCUGUCAAUCUGUCGAUCGUGAAGCAGCAGCAGCAGCAGCAGCAGCAGCACCAGGACGGUGAUUCGGACGAUGCUAACAUUGACGUUGAAACGAUAGGCAACGCACCGACGAAGAAUCUGCUACCACCGCGAUACUUGGACCCGUUUCGCACCAAGCGGAAAGCGUACUACAUCCACUCGGAUGCCGAAUCGUUAAAGCCGCUCGAGCACGAGCUGCUUCACGGUUCGCCGGACAAUUAUGUUGUGACGCCGCACCGGAAGCGACGGCCCGGAUUUCACAACUCGCCGGCACAGAACCCACCGUUUGUGCCUAGCUAUUUGGAGGACCUUCGAACACGCAAGUGCUUCCUCUCUGCGCCACCGACGUACCUGCCAGAUGCCAGACCCGGUUCACCUGGUACACCCCGUCCCACCGACAUUGCGGCCCUCAGUACUAACCAUUCGUCCAGCAAUAACAACAACAACAACAACACGAGCAGCAAUAACAACAACCGGAUACGUCCACCGAGCGCGGACAACAAGCUCGCGGUCGCCCCGUUCGUGUACCCUUGGCCGUCAGCAGCGCUGGCCGCCUUGCCCGGUGGCCCGGCGGAUCUGCUGGCCGUGCCGUAUCUGCAUGCGGCCAGCGCCAACACGGACACCAGCCCUGCCGAGCUGAUACAGCAGAUGAAAAACUUCGAGAGCAGCCAGGCGGAAGCGGUCCUGAGCGCUCGGUCCGGAGGCAGUGGAGGCUGUGGCGGUAGUGGCGGCAGCGCCGCCAGCAGUCUGGCAGGCUCAGGCUCCGGAUCUGCGGCCAGUGGAGGCGGUGGAGUUGCAACGGGAGGAGGAGGAGGAGGAGGCGGCGGCGGUUUAGGCAGCGGCAACACCCCGGUACGCGAAUAUCGCUGUGAGUACUGUGGCAAACAGUUCGGUAUGUCCUGGAACCUGAAGACGCAUCUGCGCGUCCACACGGGGGAGAAACCGUUCGCGUGUCGGCUGUGUGUGGCAAUGUUCAAGCAGAAGGCCCACCUGCUCAAGCAUCUGUGCUCGGUGCACCGGAACAUAAUCAAUUCGCCGGAAGCGGGUGGCCGGUACACCUGCUGCUUCUGCACACUGUACUUCGAGACGCUGCAGGAGCUGGUGCGCCACCUGUCCGGGCAUCACAACAACCUGCUGCUCAGCAAAAACCUACACGAAUGAUACGCGAUGCCUCCGGUGGCGAUGGCACUGCCCGCGCCCGAUCGACCGCUGCCGGUCGAGUACGGGCAGGCAGGCUAUCUGAGGCGCUACUUUCAGCGCCACCAUCGGUUCGAGCUGUACGCGUCCCUGUAAUCCUCGGGCCAAAACCCUUUUGGUUCUUCGUCGGUAAGCCAUGUCCCCAAAGUCCUGCGCUCUUCCGGCCAUCCAACGCGCGGGCAAAGGUAAUGUUAAGAAAGCGGGGGUAAUGCUAGAAAAUGUGUUGUCCCAUUCGUAGCAAAAACAAACAAAAGCACACACAUACAAACACUCUCACACACUCACAAAUACUCCGUCAAUUCAUUCCACUAAAAGUAGCAACAGUGUGCGUGUUAGUGCGAGCAGCGUAACGGAAACGGACGCUCCAUUCCGCACGCACGCACUGACCACUGACGGGGACGUCCCAACAAUGGUUUUUGGAGUUUUGCCUUGAUUUUCCUCAGGAAGAUUGAACAUUACAAAACUCGAAAUCCAUCUGUUGGCCACCGUGUGGUGCGUGUAAAGGCGGAUUUUCCCUCCCCUUUUUUAUUGUGUGAUCGUGUUGAUGUACUUCCGAUUGUAACCGUUCCGUCGUCCGUUGUGAUUGCACAAACGAGCAGCUGCAGCCUAAGCAGGGAAGACCCUGGACUCUGGACCGGUGGUCAAUUCCUGCAUUCGCUGCUUUGGGAUACUAGUGUAUACGCAUGGGGUAGGCUUGAUUGAAGCGGUCGACGCAGUUGUAUAGUUAGAAGAACCGUUCUGCGAUCGUUAGGACGUAAACAUGUGCAGCCAUGUAUAAACUUUGCAUACUCAUCUGUCUCGUUGGGCUGAGCGCUGGCUGGUGCGUGCCAAAACAUUUUCCCAUUAUCUAUUAUCACAUCCAAAUACCAUCCGUACAUGGGCGGGUGAUUUUGAUGCUUCGAAUUUGACCCAUUUUGCUGUAGGAGGGUUUCGUUCGAUGGAAAGGAUCUUUUCAAUCGCUCAGGGGAAUGUUUCAACUGAGUAGCGGAAUGUUGCAAACACGCUGUGGAACGUUGCAAACAGUUGGGAGAAAUGUCGCAUUCAAGUUGGUUGAAGAGUUGACGGGGGUUUCCAAUGUUCCAUAGUCGCUAGCUGAAAGAGCCAAUAUGCUACUGUAUGAUAGCAACGUUGCAUAACGUGCCUGAAACGCUUGGCUAUUUAUUUAAAACAUUCCCCUGAGUGAUUUCAAUGCAAAUUGCUUCGUUUUUGUGACUUUAAUCGGUCUGUUAAUUGUUUUGUUAAAGAUUUUUCGUUACAAAAAAUGUUCGCACCGAAACUACAGCAGCUGCCAACAAUUUACUACUUGAAAAGCAAAGCACAUAAAAAUACUUAAAACAUUUUUAAAUAAAAUCCGUAAGCAGUCGCAAGCGUCGCUAUACAAGCAUUGUCUCAUAUUACACUAAAUUAUGUGUAAAAGAAAAACAGUUGUGAAAAAUCGAACAUUUCCCUUACUAUAAUACUCAAGCAGCAUUUUUUUUGGCUUCUCGUGUUUGCGGUAGAAAAAAAAAACAAAAAGACAGCACAUUUUGCUAAUACUCCUAUAUAAAAAGCCCCCCUAAAACACACAGACACACACCCGCGCUAUCUCCUUUUUAAAUUAAUAAUCAAACGACGCACGACAGGAGCUGGUCGGUUAAUAGGCUAAUAGCCAGAAAUUUAAGAAGACAAAAAGUAAAACUGUGAACGAUUUAGUAUAAACGUACGUAGCGCACUAUACUGUUAAACUGUUAAAUGACAAACAAAGCAAGCCUUGUUGGCUUGGGCAAACAAAAGGCAAAUAACAAAACACAUACUUAAUUAUACUAUCUAACACACACAUACACAACUUUGCGAUAGUGUGUGUGUGUGUGUGCGUAAUCUGCGUGUGAUCAGCGAGUGGGCGAUUUGUUAUUAGUAAACAGAUGGUACAAAUUAUAAGUAUAUAGGAGGGCACGGCUGGCCUAGCCAGCCAAGGGCAGCCAGGCAGGUGGGCAGGCAGGCUAGCGGCAUCGAGCAGGCAAGACAAAAAAAGGCAGCAGAUGGCACCCGUCACCAUAAGCUAGGAGUACUUUAAUACUUUGCUAACAUACGGUAGCGACCAUAAUGUAAGUCCUCCUCGCUGCGAUGAGCAAUGCGAUUUGCAGACACUUUACUCGUUCAUUCCGUACCCGUUACAAGAGAAGGUAACGCGAAUCAACGCUGUUGCUGUUUGGAAGGUGGAACAAGUGGACGCUUCAGUGCAGGAUAUUGCAAAAAUGUGUAACGAAAGUGCUCUACUUCAGCAGCAACGGCAACAGCAGUAGUGUAUCUCCUCAUUGUAUUCCCUUGAAAGCGUGCUCCCGGUGGCAUCGGUCACAUGUCGAGCUCCAGGUAGCUCGUACUACACGUGUAAUAUAAUAGUUUCUAUGUAGGUCAAGAUAGUAGUCAUCCAUUAGGCUCCUGCUUGUUUUUUAUUUGUUUUUGUUCUUUGGAACCAACCAACUCGUCGAGAGUUUGGACAUGUAAAUAGGCACCAGGCAACAACAACAACAACAGGUGGAGUUGAUGUUGAUGCAAUUGUUUUAGUGUUUCUUGUUCUCUUGUCUCCCUUACUACUUCACUUUAUUCACCCAAGCACCGCCUCGUAUCCGUAGAAAGGAUUGUAUUGUAAGGACAAUAAUUUAUAUGAAAAGAAACAAAGAAAUAAACAAAACGAAAACACCGGUCAGAAUCCAUCUAACCGAACGUUCCCUUGGCUGCUCCAUUCUUGAUACGGCAAGGCAAGGAGAACCACAGGGAACGAAGGUGCAGGUGGUGGUGUGAGGGAAACUAAGCUUGAAUGCCAAAAAAUCAGAAAAUAUAAUUUACAUACAACUCACACCGGAUGUGGAUGUGUAUUUAUAACGUUUAGUUGCAAGAUCUUCCCUAUCUUCCCUACCGGACACAUACCUGACCACAACAACAGCAGCAACAGCAACAGUGCACAAGUCGUUUUGUUGUUUAUUGUGUAGCUGUAGUAGAUGCACCGAUUUCCAAGUUUUAUUCUAGCAUUACGGCACAAGCACACACUCACUGUUUUAGGAUGUAAUGUACCGUGCACAGCCAGUUUUAGAACGUUCGCCACGGGACAGUGUUUCCGACCCCCAUUACCCUCUGCUCAUUCAUUCCGCAUCCAGAAGGUUUCGUUAGCACCACUUGAAACGGAAGAAACCGAAAACAACUUACCAGCAAGUGGGCAGCAACAAAAAGACACAGGAUCGUAUAGCGUAGCGUUAGUAAUGUUCUUCCCACCGGGAACGCAUCGAACCCUUCGCUCGAUGAAGAAUCAAUAUCGAAAAAUUGGGAUUAAGUAAGUGGUAAAGAAGAAGGAGAGGAAACGAAACGAAAAACAACCCCCCCCCCCCCCCCCACUUACCCCGUUUAUACUCGAAAGAGUCGUGUUCAGUUUAGUGUUUAGUGAAAAAUGUAAAAAAAAACCGAGAAGAAAAUGAAAGCGGGCGCGCCAAUAAGAAGCGCCCAUCGUAGUGAGCGUAGCAGGCGUGGUAGAUCCUUUCUGUUUAUAUAUGUAUAAACAUGUACACCGACACCACACUACACUAUACUAUGUAUUUAGCUGUAAGCUGUCAGAUCGUUCAGCGCUUCUUCGCCCAUUCGUUCUUAUUUUUCUUUUCUCUACGUGUAAUACAACCGCAUACAUGCACUUGCAUUGUUCAUAGUAGACGUUAGCGAAACGGUGUACAUAUAGCAAAUCGAUAACAGUUGUUGAGAUACAAGCAGAAGGCAGACGAUGCAGGAACGCCGAAUGUGUAGAAAUGUAUUAUUUAAUAAAUGCUUUAUGAAACAGACAACAAAAACAACAAAA